GCCCCCGCGCUUCCUCCUCUUUCACUUUCCUUUCCCCGGAAAGCGGGUCCUGCCUGUCGAGUAUGGACGACCCGGACUGCGAUUCCACCUGGGAGGACGAGAGCGAGGAGGACGGCGAGGAUGGCCAGGCGGAUGAUACGACCGAUGAGGACACGGGCGACGAUGACGGCGACGCGGAGGAGGCACGUCCAGGCCUGUUCCAGUCCAGGAUGACAGGGUACCGAAACUGGCGUGCUAUGCAGGACAUGCAAAGAUACCGGCACAACUACCCGGAUUUGACUGAUCAAGACUGCAAUGGUGACAUGUGUAACCUGAGCUUCUACAAAAACGAGAUCUGCUUCCAGCCAAACGGCUCUUUCAUUGAGGACAUUCUUCAGAACUGGAAAGACAACUAUGACCUCCUAGAAGAGAAUCACUCCUACAUCCAGUGGCUGUUUCCUCUGAGGGAACCAGGAGUGAACUGGCACGCCAAGCCCCUCACACUGAAGGAGGUUGAGGCAUUUAAAAGCUCCGAGGAAGUCAGAGAGCGUCUUGUCCGGGCCUAUGAGCUCAUGCUGGGCUUCUAUGGGAUCCAGCUUGAGGACCGGCACACAGGUGCCGUAUGCCGUGCACAGAACUUCCAGCCACGUUUCCACAACCUGAACAGCCACAGCCACAACAACCUGCGUAUUACACGCAUCCUCAAGUCGCUGGGCGAGCUGGGCUUAGAACACUACCAGGCACCGCUGGUCCGCUUCUUCCUGGAAGAGACCCUCGUACAGCACAAACUGCCCAGCGUGCGCCAGAGCGCCCUGGACUACUUCCUUUUUGCCGUGCGCUGCCGGCACCAGCGCCGGGAGCUCGUGCACUUUGCGUGGGAGCACUUCAAGCCUCGCCGAGAGUUUGUCUGGGGCCCCCGUGACAAGCUGCGGAGAUUCAGGCCCCAGACUAUACCCCGGCCACUGAUGGGACUAGGGCAGGCAGAUAAAGGUGAGGGCUCCAGGGACCCCUCCCAAGAGGCUGGCACCCAGGGUCGGACCUGUGGAUCUGGAAGGGACCUGAGUGGGGACAGUGGAACAGCUGAGGAUCCCUCACUGCUAAGUGCAAAGCCCCAGGAUGUGGGAACCUUGGAUGGGGACCAGAGGGAUGAGGCUAAGUCCCUGAGUCCCAAAGAGAGCAAGAAGAGAAAGUUGGAGGGGAACAGGCAGGAACAGGUCCCAGGGGAGCCAGAUCCCCAGGGUGUCUCUGAGGUAGAGAAAAUUGCCCUCAACCUUGAGGAGUGUGCCCUCAGCCCUAUCAGCCAGGAACCCAGGGAGGCUGAGCAGCCCUGUCCUAUGGCCAGGGUGGCUAAUGAGGUAAGAAAGCGGAGGAAGGUGGAAGAAGGGGCUGAGGGUGAUGGAGUAGCCAGUAAUACUCAAAUGCAGGCCAGUGGCCUGCCUCCUACCCCUUCAGAGUGUCCUGAAUCCCAAAAGGAUGGGAAUGGGUCAGAGGACCCCAAAAGCCAGGUGGAACCAGAGGACCCCAAAAGCCAGGUGGGGACAGAUGACCCCCAAAGCCAGAUGGGGCCAGAGGACCCCAAAAGCCAGGUGGGGCCAGAGGACUCAAAAAGCCAGGUGGAACCAGAAGACCCAAAAAGCCAGGUGGGGCCAGACCAAGCUGCCUCUGAGUGCCUGGUGGAGGACCCUAGGAACCUGGUGGGAGACCCUGACUCUGACACUACAGGAACCUCAGUGGAUGAGUCAGAGGAGUUGGCAAGGAUUGAAGCCUCUGCUGAACCCCCAAAGCCUUAGAGGUGCAUCUCAGUCCUACUCAGCCCACUGCAGGGGGUUUCUGAGUCCCAGAGCUCUUUUGUUGGCUCUUCUUGGUGCCCCACAGUGCUGGCCUCUCCCUAGUGGUCACUGAAGUGGCCACCAGAGGGACUGAGGCCCUGCCCUCAGGGAAGGCCAAGGCCUUCAGAAGCCUCCUUACCUCACUGUCCUCCUCCACUGCCCUCUGAGCCCUGUGUUGUGAACAGACCCUAAGGGUCUAGGGGGAGGGGCCUCUUUUCUUAGUCUGGUGCCAAGUGAGGCCUUUUCUGAAUAAACUCUUUAGACUUUGUC